AUGGUCUCCAAAUACUCCAAGAUGAAGAACCAGACAACCUCGCACAGGAACCAGAUGCAGGCGGAGCUGGAGAAGGUCAUGCUCAUCAAGGAAGACUACGAGGCCUAUCAGGCCCUGAUGAAAAACACCAACCACCAGCCUAUCCCCGGUCACUACCGCACCAAAAGCGGUAGCCAUAUGAAAAUCGUGUCCAACGGUGCAAGUUGUACACGACAAGAAGUUUCUGCCGAGCAGCAGCAACUGCCUUUCGGCUUCAUGUGGGUGCCAUACCCAUCAAUCGGCCAGACUGGCCGGCCGAUGACGAUUCAAGAGCUCUACGACAAUGGAGCUCUGAUGUACCAACUUGUCAUGCCACAACAAGUUGGCUUCAGCAACCUCGGCGACUUCACCAACCACCAAGGCGCCACCUACACAUCAUACCAGCUCAACAAGCUGGUCAUUAUCGAGAACGGGCCCAAUAAUUUUGGGUACCAAGCGGUUCCAACCACCGCGCUCGAUCUCUCUCGCGAGCACAUUCGCGUUUACGAAAACGGCGGCGUCGAAGUGGUGCCGCCGAUCCCA